AUGGAAUGGUCACCGCCGCUUUCAAGACAACGCCCGUUGCAGACGGUUGAGAUGUCGCAGAAGCAUUCCGACCUCUCCUUCCUAUAUCGUCGGAGCUCAGCUCCACGACCACUCUCCGAAGCUACCGAGAUCUUCGACACGGACAACGAGGAAGACUCUGACUCUGCACCGCACCCGUGGGGAGAUAGCGACAGUCAAUCCACUCUCUCGAGUCCUGAUGACCUACCGACGCCUCCCAACACUGGUGGCCUCGGAGGGUUUGAGUUUCACUUCGAUGACAAGUCGGUAGUAGGGCCUCAAGGCCCUCACCUCUUCAGAGGUACACCAGAGAUAGUCAGUAACCCGGAGGACGAUGUCUUCAUGGCAUUGUCUCCCGUCGGGCAAACCAAGCCCGCUCCGAAACCCAUUGGAGCUCUCAACACUGCCGUCGCGGAACUUGACGAGUCUCAGGUCCGUGACUGGACGCCUAGACAGGUGGCCGAAUGGAUGGCUGAAGCCGGCUUCGAGACCAGUGUGGUUGAGAAGUUUCUGAUUCACGACAUCUCCGGCAGCGUCCUAAUCGACCUGCAGUUCGAGGACCUCAAAGAACUCGACAUCAGCUCGUUCGGCAAACGACACCGCGUGAUGAGUUCCAUACAGCAACUCCGCAACAGCAGCAUGAUCUCGCUGGAGACUCCCCUCUCGAGGACACCGUCCAAGACGAACCGUAGUCCCCGGGCCCUGCAACGAUCUGCCCGGCCAGAAGAACGACAAGUCGUCGUCACCGACCGUUCACGGUCACGACGGAGGGGGAGACAACCCGACAUCGUCACCCCAGCCGAAUCCAUAUCGAUCGUCGGUAUCGAACAGGUCUUGCCCAAAGAGCACAAGUGCUCCAAGGGUGAAGACUGCCCCAAGUGGCAGAAACAGCAGCGGAAGAUCCUCCGCAUGCAGCGCGCCUUUGAAGAGGACAACGCCCUCCGCCGACCCUUAUCCGAGGCCCGGUCCGAGGCUCUCCCGUCUGUGGUGGGUUCCUCAGAUGUCUUGGGUCCGUCUUCCGUGAAGAUCACCCCCGAGACCUUGAGUUCGGUCCAGCCUCGCGACCCACAGGAGAGCGUCAGGCAGUUUCUCAACUUUCAACAUUUACACUCUCCGUCCAACUCGACGAACCCGUCACCUCCCCCUGCUGCAUCUGCAUCCUUCGCCAACAACAACAAGUCGGCUCACCUGGACGAGCACCUUCGCGGCCUCCCAAAACUCACCAUCCCCUCCACCCAAAAGGAGGACGAGAAGAGUCCCUCGCGGACGCCCAUCUCGGCGCUCAAUCAACCCACACAGAUCCAAGCCCAGCUCAAGGCCCAACUACAAAAGGACCCCUACCAUUAUGGCGGCGUCGCGUCACCCGCCGACAUCUACCGCAUCGACACUCCCAUGUCGGCCACCGACAUCCCCAUCACGGCCAUGGCCAUCGACCCGUGCCAGAGGGACGUCUCGCAAUCGGUCCCUCCGGAAAUGCGGUACGGAGCCACUGCAACCUUCCUCGUCAGCCCCGAACCAAUUCGGCGGUGCAUGUCGACGCAGCCGACGCCACCACCGCCACAGCAACAACCUCCACGUCGACACAUUCGACAAAUGUCGUUUACACCGUCGAUUGCGCCGGUAAAGGAGAACGAGGCCGCUCAGCCGUCUUGGGUUGCCACUGAAACCCUGACGGCGCGGAAGGACCGGCACAAACAGCAAUCGCAACGGAUCACCGAGCUAGACCUCGCCAACCACCACGGCUGGAUGAGGAAACGCAAGACCACCCGCAUGCUCCGGCACGAGUGGCAGGACCACUACUGCACCCUCAUCGGCCACGAGCUGACCAUGCACGACUCCCACUACGCCACGGCCAAGGCCCUGGAGAGGAUCGACGUCGACGGGUACACCCUGCACGCCUACUCUCAGGCCUCGAGUUCCAAACUCGGCGCCGCCUUCAAGAAGAGUCUGCUGGGUCAGGGCAGACUCCCGGCGGGCGAGCAUUCGUUCGCCUUCUCCCUCAUCCCGGACAACAACGACAAGGCCAUGGCGAGGAAGCUGUUCGAGAAGACUGGCGGUGGUGGAGGGGGUGGCUCUUCGAAAUCUCACCACUUCGCCGUCGACAGUUCCAAGGAACGCAUCGAGUGGAUGAGGAAGUUGAUGUUGGCAAAAGCCAUGAGGAAGAACGACACUUGUGAGAUAUGA